AUGGGUCACUAGCAGGUCUACUGGAGCCACCUGUGAAAAUCCAAUCAGGGUUUUUGCUCUUGCCAUGUCUGCUCAAACCAGCAUGGCCUGAGCCAGAUAUAUGGAGUCAGUAUGUGUCACUGGUGCUUCUGUCUGUAUGCAGAGGAUAUAGGCUUCAUCAAGUUGCACUAA